UCAGGAAAACAGGGAAAACCUAAGCAACUGCCCCCACCUCUCGUCCCCAAAAAAAAUCACAGCGGCGGAGCUCGUGGUGCAUCCGUCGGACAAGUCCAGUCAGCGGAGUAAGGCAAACGCGAGCACACCCCACACGCCACCACACACCCAACAGGCGGCUUGUUUGUUUGCAGCUGCCAGCACCAUGAAACAGUUCGGCGGCGGCAGCGGCAGCGGCAGCAGCUAAGAGAUGGAAGAUAAAAAGCCAGCUGGCAUCAGGCACAUCUCCAGCCCUGGGCGGUCAGGAGAUGCAGCCAGAGCCGGGGGAGGAGGCGGCGGCACGGUGCAUCUGUCCCAGUGCGACCUGAGUGUGAUCAAGGGGGAGCACGGCCAGUCCGACCCGCAGGAGAUCAUCCGGCGAGCGCUGGACUUCAAGAGCCAGGGCAACCAGUGCUACAAGGAGAAGAAAUUCCGCGAAGCCAUCGGCAAGUAUCACCGGGCACUGCUGGAGAUGAAGGGCUUCCUGGCAGUGGGCGAAUCCGAGUCAUCGUCCUCCGCGGUCCAGGUUCACCCUACCCCGAGCAGAACGUCCGUGAAACUGACCGAGGAGGAGAGGAAGCUGGUGGAGAGCAGCGAGAUCGAGUGCUACAACAGUUUGGCAGCUUGCUUACUACAAGCGGAACUAGUGAAUUAUGAGCGGGUGAAGGAAUAUUGUCUCAAGGUCCUGAAGAAGGAAGGAGAUAAUUUCAAGGCUCUGUAUCGCUCUGGUGUGGCCUACUACCACCUUGGAGAUUAUGACAAAGCGCUAUAUUAUCUGAAGGAAGCAAGGAACCGAGAGCCAACAGAUACAAAUGUGAUCAGAUACAUCCAGCUAGCGGAGAUGAAACUCAGCAGAAGCUCACAGAAAGAGAAAGAAGCACUGUAAAUGGAUCCAUUCCUCCAGGAUUAUGAACAGACAAUUGGAGUGCUGACUGGAGGGCUAGAUUUCAGCAUAAAACCUUGUUCUGUGGAUUGGAAGCUUGCCUGCGCAACACUGACUCUGGUUCCUCAGCUGAAGAACUGCAGCAUUGCAGAACGUACCAAGUUCAGCAGCUUUGUGGAAUUGGGAGUGGACUGGACAAAAGCCCAGGCUGUGAUGUCAUUACAAGGCCUUAGGCAAGAUUGGUUAAGACUUUUUUUUUACCUGCCUUGCUUGUCACAGAAGGUAAAACACUGAGAAAGCUCUUUUGAUAACAGGAAUUGGCAAAUAUUUAUUGAAAACAUGAAAGGCAGUGCAGUAUCAUUCAAUAAGAAUGGGGAAAUAAGUGCUUUUGCAAUGACAUCACAACAAUUCCAUAAAAUGGUCAACUCCAAAUAUCCUGACUAAAAACUGGGCAAGCGAGGCCAUCUUAAAACAAUAGGUUUUGUAGAAAUAAUACAAAACGUUUGUGCAUUCUUGUACAUUUGCACUGUCAUUUAACCUUUUCUCGUUAAAGGUUUGGGAUGGAGGGAAGAGCUGAGAGUGACUAUUUAUUAAUCUAGGUCUUGUUUAAAAUAAUACACAAGAAUUAUUAUAUUAAAAUUUAAAAACGCUGUAUAGACAGUAAGAGAAAACAAGUAUCUACUAUUAUCAAUUUUGAUAUUUGUGCUUUAAAUUAAAAGGUAUAACUUUUCCUGAAGUGGAAUUAGAUGUGAUGUGACACGAACAUUAAGUAUGCUCAGUGGAAUGGUUAAAACAAAGUGGAUGUGGAACACAAUUGUUUGCAGAACUGAAGAACCAUGAAUUAACAUCAUUGUGCUUGUCUCAAGUUCCUCUGCCAAAUACUUUAGUGAGAACCAUUAGGGAAAAAAAGUGCAUUUGGAAGCUAGAGAAAUGAGAGAGAGAAAGGAAGGAAGAGAGAGAAGGCUGCCAAAAAAAGUCAAGAUUUUAUAUAUUUAACUCAUAAACUUUAGUUUUUACAUCAGUAGACCCCAUCAGUUGCAGCACACAAAUUCAAACAAGUAGUUCUAACACGACAGGUCUUAGAAAUGUUAAAUCCAUUGCCUAAGUUAACCAACGGUCACACAUUCAUUAAUGUUAUUGGCUUUGAGCUAUUUAAUGAUUUAUGGGAAACUCUCUCCACAGUCCAUCAGGCCCACUGCAAAUGAAUGCAAAAUGACCUCAUCAUCUAAAUGCAAGUGUUCCUAAUGCUGCACAUCAAUUUGCCAAGAACUUGGAAAAGAAUUCAGCUUUUCACAGUUACGUUAUCAGGAGUGAACCAUGAUGUUAAUAUGGCAUAAGAACCAGAAGUCCUGGUAUUGCAUGGUGAAGGUAAUGCAACAGUUGCUGGGUGUUUACACUGUUUUCUCUUCUACUUUAUGAUUGCACAUAUUUUGAUAUCAAUGGUACGAUAAGUAUGUUGUUAAAGGAAGAUACAAGAUGCAAAAUAAUUACAGCACAACAUUUGCUCUAUUAGCCUUUGGUUAAUCAGUCCCUUUAUAAUCUGAGUAUUAAUAGUUGUGUUUAGACAGUGCAGUAAUCACUAUGGUGGUUUAGGGGAGUGUACUAUAAAAUAUAUUUCAAACAAAAUGUACUGAAUAUACCAAUAGAUGGUCACAUUUAUGUCAGGAGUUAAGCUGUGUGCUCUUAUAACUAAGGAGACAUUACUUUUAUACAAAUCUGAAGAUGAAAAUGUAGUCUUCAAAACUUGUCAUUUCCAACUUCUCAGUUCAUAAUUAGUAAGUUAUAAUUCUCUCCCAAUUACUUUACCAUUUCAAGAGGGUCUUAUUACUGGCUGAA